UUUUACAACAUUUAAGAGCAGUCCCUCCUUGCAGAUUCAAAGAAAUAUCUGUUGUCCAUCAGUCAUCAUGCAUCUAAUAACCACAUUUCUGUUAAUGAUCCUAAUAGGUCACGGCACAUCUGAAUAUCUACAGCAACUCAUCUGUCCCUAUGGGAACAAGAAUACAACUCUGAACAGGGUGUGGUGCAAAAGAGAUACCCAUGAUGAAAACUGCUGUACGGGCUUCUCUUUCCAGAAAGGCAUCAACGUUUUAGAGGAAGGCAACAUAGUUGUGACAGAUAAUGGAAAGUCCUUUACCAUCUCGGUGAAGAGACUCACGCAAGGAGAUGGAGUCUACUGGUGUGGGUUCAUGACUGCAAACAAUAUCAUUGUUAAACUGGCCGAGAAUUACUUUACUAACACCCCAUUUAACUUCGUUUGGUCCAUCUUCCGCUGGAUUUUAUUCAUUUUGCUCCCGGUGACGACCAUUUCAACCCACAUUUAUAUAAACCGCAAUCAUAGAGAUACGAAGAUAACAUAACAAAUUACAGGAAGUCACACGCCAAAGAAAAGUGGCUGAAGAAUGAGGCAAUCAUCUGCCAGUAAAUGUAAACGUAGUUCGUUAUUUUAACUCAUGGUAAUAUUUUUAGUACAAAAAUGCUCAGUGACAACAACAGCAUGACAAUAUUAUGUUUCAUUUGUUUUGUAACAACAGCGUAAAGUUUGGCGUUUAUAAAUAAUCUUAUUAUUGUGUACAUCUGAUAGGGAUAUAUGUUUUCUUCCUUCAAAUAUGCAUAAAUUUAUCAAAUUUUCUUUAUAUAAAUAUGUGUCAACGUAACGAAGCAUCAAUGAAAACACAAUUGAACACAAUUUUGAUGUAAGGAUGCAUAUGUAACAACCAUUUCUUUCUUUCUUUUAAUCUUGAAGCUGAAGUGUCAAACAAAAGUUGAACAUUGUCAUUGUUGCUCGCUUGCUUUCGUUAUUAAUACAAAAGAAAAAAUAAACAAACUUACAAAAAUGCAA